AUGGGUGAACAAGAUGCAACGCCGGAGAACAUGACCAUGAUGCAGGGGUUCGAGUGGUACGUUCCCGCGGACCAGAAGCACUGGAAGCGCCUCGCCGAUCACGUCCCGCAGCUCAAAGCAUGGGGCAUCGACAACAUCUGGGUGCCGCCGGGCUGCAAGAGCUCCAGCAAGGAGGGCAACGGGUACGACAUCUACGACCUCUACGACAUUGGCGAGUUUGACCAAAAAGGCGCCGUGGGCACCAAAUGGGGCACCAGGGAGGAGCUGGAGCAGCUGUGCAAGGUCGCCAACGACGCCGGCGUGGGCAUCUACUGGGACGCCGUGCUGAACCACCGCUUCGGCGCCGACCACAAGGAAAAGUGCCAGGCCGUCGAGGUCGACGCCGAGGACCGCAACCAGGUCGUCAGCGACCAGUACGAGAUUGACGCCUGGGUCGGCUUCGACUUUCCCGGCCGCAAGGGCGCGCACAGCAAGCAGAAGCUGCACUGGUACCACUUUAGCGGCGUCGACUACAACGCCGCCAACAAGAAGCAGGCCAUCUACAAGAUUGUCGGCGAAAAGUCCGACGGGCAGUGGGCCGAGGUUGGCGACGUCGACGAUGAAAAGGGCAAUUACGACUACCUCAUGGGCUCGGACCUCGACUACGACCACCCCGAGGUGCAGGCCGACGUGCUCGCGUGGGGGAGCUGGAUCGCGCAGGCGCUGCCGCUCAAGGGCAUGCGCUUCGACGCCAUCAAGCACUUUAGCGCCGACUUUCUGCAGCGCUUCGUGCAGCAGAUGGACGACACCUACGGCCGCGGCUGGUUUUUUGUCGGCGAGUUCUGGAAGGACAGCCUCGAGGACAUGAACCGCUACCUGGACCGCAUGGACGAGAAGUUCUCGCUCUUUGACGCGCCCCUCGUCCACAACUUUAGCGCCCUCAGCCAGACCGAGUCCGCCGACCUGCGGACAGUCUUUGACGGCUCGCUCGUGCAGUGCCGCCCCGUGUGCGCCGUCACGCUCGUCAUGAACCACGACACGCAGCCCUACCAGGCCCUCGAGGCGCCCAUUGCCGACUGGUUCAAGCCGCUGGCCUACGCCCUCAUCCUGCUCCGCGGCGAGGGCUACCCCUGCCUCUGGUACGGCGACCUGUACGGCAUCCGCGGCGAGCACCCGUUCCCGCCGUCGUGCGGGGGCAUGCUCCCGCGGCUGGCGCUCGCGCGCAAGCUGUACGCGUACGGCGAGCAGGCCGACUACUUUGACCACCCGACGUGCCUGGGGUGGGUGCGGUACGGCACGCACGAUCGGCGCGCGGGCGCGGCGGUCGUGCUGAGCAACGCGGGGCCGGGCACGAAGCGCAUGCACGUCGGUGAGAUGCAUGCGGGCGAGCGCUGGACGGACGUGCUGGGCUGGGGCGAGGGCGAGGUGGUGAUUGGGGAGGAUGGUUUCGGCGAGUUUACGUGUGGGCAGUGCAGCGUGAGCGUAUGGGUGAGGGACGAUGCGGAGGGGAGGGACAAGUUCAAGGAGGAGUUUAACAGUGAUAUUUAUGGCACGGCAUAG